GCUGAGAUCAGACCAUCGUCAUCAUCAGGGUCAGGCAGAUCUGGAGGAGCUUCACAUCAGCGCUGAGUUACUCUGACCUCUACAGCAGAUCUGGAGGCCUGCUGGUGUGUGUGUGUGUGUGUGUGGUAUGUCAUGGCUCUAUUUCAGGCUUAGUUUGGUGUGUGAUGCACCUGUAGCGAGGGCUGUGGCGCUGAAGAGACUCACCUGAGACUCAGUGUUAGUGUGUGUGUGCGUGUGUGUGAUCUCCUGAGGCUUCGUUAGCUGAGUAACGCACAAACACACAGGAUCCUCAUUACUGUGUGUCAUUACUCACACACAUACUGCCUCAGGAUCUUUAUCACGACACACUUGCAGGAUCUUCAUCAUGGCUGUGGACUUUAAUGGCAGCUGGAAACUGUACGAGCAGGAAAACGCAGAGGAGUUCCUCAGAGCCUUGUCGGCUCCAGAGCACUACAUCCGCAUGCUGCAGGAGGUGCGUCCGGUGACGGUGAUCCGCCAGCAGGGGGAGGAGUUCAGCAUCAGUGUGCAGACAGCGCUGCGCAGCAACACAAACACCUUCCGCAUCGGCACUGAGAGCGAGUUCACCACACUGGACGGACAGAAGAUCAAUGCCACAGCUCGCCUCAUCGAUGGGAAGAUUGUGAUAGAAUCUGAGAAGUUCACUCAUGUGCGGGAGCUGCGGGACGGAGAGAUGCUCGAGACUCUGACUGCUGGACACGUCACCUUCAUCAGGAGGAGCCGCCGCAUCUGAGCUGACCUCAGAUCAGUCCAGGCUGAACACCCUUAAUUACAAUAAUCAGUCGUUUACAGCCAGGUGUUUGAGCGUGAUGUGUCAUGAUGAACUCGAGAAUAUUCCUGAGAUAUUCCUGUCUAUGAUAGAGUUAGAGACUAUAUGACCAUAAUAAAUCACUUCUGCAACAA